ACCAAACAAAUAUGAAUAAUCUCAAACGAAACAAUCGGUGGCCGAUCCGAGUCGGUAAACUCUCUAAGCGUACAGCUUGUUAAAGCAUAGUGUACAAGCAAACGCUUCAUUAUAAAAGUUUGCCUUCAAAAGAAAGCAAAAGCUUCGCGAGCUUUGUUCUCCAUUCGUCAACCUUUUUCUCUGUAUUGAUCAUUAUAUAAUACAACUUUACCAAUUACAAGGGUUUUUUAGGUUGAUUGAGUAUCUGGGUAUUACUAGAAAUUCGAAAUUGUUGGAGGGUUUUUGAGAAAAUGGAACCGUCUUCGUCUUCGCCGGAGUUUGAUUACUUGUUUAAGCUGUUGUUGAUUGGAGAUUCAGGAGUAGGGAAGAGUAGUUUGUUGCUCAGUUUCACUUCUGAUGCCUUUGAGGAUCUUUCUCCAACUAUUGGUGUGGACUUCAAGGUAAAACAUGUCACCCUCGGGGGGAAGAAGUUGAAGCUUGCUAUAUGGGAUACAGCUGGACAGGAAAGAUUUAGGACUUUAACGAGUUCAUACUACCGAGGAGCUCAAGGAAUAAUCAUGGUUUAUGAUGUAACAAGGCGAGACACAUUCACUAAUCUCUCUGAUAUAUGGGCCAAAGAAAUCGACCUGUAUUCAACAAAUCAGGAGUGCAUCAAGAUGCUUGUUGGCAACAAAGUUGAUAAGGAGAGUGAAAGGGUUGUCAGCAAAAAAGAGGGAAUUGAAUUUGCCAGGGAAUAUGGAUGUCUUUUCAUCGAAUGCAGUGCAAAGACAAGGGUUAAUGUGGAACAGUGCUUUGAGGAGCUUGUGCUGAAGAUUCUGGACACUCCAAGUCUCUUGGCUGAAGGUUCAGCUGGUGUCAGGAAAAAUAUAUUUAGACAGAAACCUCCGGAAUCUGAUGCAUCAACAAGUGGCUGUUGUUGAGAUGGAUGUUUCAUUGUUUUCUUCACGCUUUCCCUUUCUUUUGUAAAACAAAAUGAUGUAAUUACUUGGAGAUGACAAACUCUGUUUCUAUCCUUCACGUUUGUAGUUCGUUUGACUGAAUGUUCUUCUGUUGUCCUCUUGCUCUUAAUUUGAUAUUUGAAGA